GCGCGCAGCAGAGGUCCAUGUGGAUGUGAAUGGAGAACGUGUAUGACACGAUUGGCAUGGAGCGUUGAGAGGACUCUCCUUAAAACCCACCUUCAAGAGGUAUUGUGAGAAUUUUAAAGGCAGUGUUUUGAACCUCUGGCUUGUCCAGGUUCUGUAGGUGGGGGGAGGUGAUGCAGAGGCUGUGGGCUCCAGUCACCCUGCGGCAGGUUGUCCUGCUGCGCUCAGCAUACCUGGGUCACACCUGGAAUGCAUGUGAGCUUCCUGUGUCCAUCCAGAACUUGCGCUGCUUCAGAUGUACUUCUAUCAUCAGGACAAAGGAGAGCCACAAAACAUCCGCUGAGGAAGAUACUCCAUUAAACCCUCCACAGAGUCUUGCAGGGACUGAGGGUCUUUAUAAGGCUGGUACGGGGUCUGGAUCAGAGGCUGUCCCACAGAAUAAGGGUGAUAGUGAUCCUCUGCAGGAUAAAUCUAUCGGGCUCUUCCAGAGAUUUAAAAAGACGUUUAAACAAUAUGGAAAAGUUAUGGUGCCUGUACAUAUUGUUACAUCUACAGUAUGGUUUGGGAGCUUCUAUUAUGCUGCAAUGAAAGGGGUGAAUGUAAUCCCGUUUCUGGAGUUCAUUGGUUUACCGGACUGGAUGGUGGGAAUUUUGCGAGAUUCCCAGGGUGGCUAUGCACUCACAGCCUAUGCAAUGUAUAAGCUCGCUACACCUGCCCGAUACACUGUUACAAUGGGUGGCACGUCCCUGUCUGUACAGUGCUUCCACAAACAUGGAUACCUCUCCACCCCUCCACCUGUUAAAGAGUACCUGCAAGACAAAAUGGAAGAGACCAGGGAACGACUGACUGAAAAGAUGGAGGAAACAAAAGAGAGGUUUUCUGAGAAAAUGGAAGAAACCAAAGAACUGCUCUCUGGACGAAUGGAGGAAACAAAAGAGCGCCUCUCUGAGACUAAAGACAAAUUUUCCGAGAAACUGCAAGAGACUAAAGACAAAAUGUCUUUACGGAAGAAAACGGAGUAGACUUAUGGCUGCAUGGUUUGCUGUGAAUGAACAAAUCACACUGUCUACUAUUAGAGGAGAAUCCUAACUAAACUAAACUCAUGAGCAUAGAGGAAUUUUUUACAUUAAGAAUUUAAGAUAAAGUUUGCCAAGUGAUAAUUAAAUAUCAAUUUACAGAAUAUUUAAUUAUUUUAAUUUGUUUUGUUUGCACCAGGUACAGUAUGCAUCUGUUUGUAUUUGAAUUCUUGUGCAUAAUGCCUGCGUAGUCAUCCGGACUGAUCCUAUUUUAAUGAUGAAUUGCACUAGGUGUCUAAAUAUCUGGAUUGUUUAAAAGGUCAGUGGGAAAUGGAAUGAUAAAGAAAUUCUGAUGUUUAGAAGUAACACAGAAUCUAUUUGCUUGUAUCAAAAAUAACAUGAUUCUGCCACAAUAUGUACAAGUGUUCAUUAAAAGUGUAAUUAAUUGUUCAUCUUACAAACGCACAUCAAAUCUUUGUAUUUAUUAACAACCAAAAGGUUCUCAAUAUACAACACAACAGGAAUUGGUAGUUUUUAGUUUAUUAGUUUUAGCUGCAGUUGGACAACAGCAGAAGUACAAGCAUAAAAGUUUGACUAUAACGGUGAUUAGAGCAAAAUGUUUUGAUUACUUUUGUUCUGAAAAAAAGCAUUGCAUGUGAGGCCUUAUGCUUGAAACCUAUUAAUCACACCACAAUGGUUUAAAUAUAUGCAUGUGUAUAUAUAUAUAUAUAUAUAUAUAUAUAUACACACACACACACACACACACACACACACACACAUAACAGUUUUAAAGUGUGAAUAUUAGAAUUAGUGUGCUUGGUGUAUAUAAAAUGUCCACACAUGUGAACAUACAGAGUAACAUCAGUCAGGGAAAUUUUUAUUCAAAAAAUGUAAAAGGUCUGUGAUAUUGUGUUGCUCUAAUUCAAAAGCAGUUUUCACAGACACCUGAUAAGCAUCAGGGUAACAAUUAUGGACCUUUUCAGUUAUUGUUAUAGCCUGCGCUUGUGCAGGAGAAAAAAAAAAGAAGCUUUUUGUCACUUUGCCAAGCAUCUCGGUACAUUGCUCAAAACUUCACAACUGUUAGUCAGGUGCUUGCAAAAUGCCAUUGCUAUGUACAUUAUCUUAAGGUAUAUAACUAUAAACAUGCAAAUACAAGCUGCUGUACAGUGGAGCACCAGCACAUAAAUAUUUACAAUUAAAUUUUUUUGCUCCUAUACACCACAUACACAGAAUGUCUGACAUAUAAAACAAAAAUAAUUAUGUUAAAACUACUCAUCACUCAUUUGGUUCAUUAUUAAACUUUGCAAAGACAGGAAGCACAACACAGGGUGGCAUGAAAAAACAUGUACAUAAUUGGCACUCUAGUGAAUAAACACUCUGGUGAAAUCCAAAAUGUUUUAAUUCAGCAAGACUGUCAUUACAACCCCUCAGUGUUUCCGUCUGUGAGUGGGAAUCUGGCACUAACUGAUUAGUUUCCAUUGACUGGAUUCCAGUGUAUAACUUGAAGGUUAUGGUGAUUUAUUUAUUUUGCUUAAGGGGGUAUUCAAAUGAUUAAAUCCCUUUUGUGUUUGUGCCUCUUGUGGUUGGGGCAGUGUUUAAAGCAACAUUCUUACUGUGUUACAUAAAAAUAUAAGUAAUGCUCAGUAGUUUAUUUUUUUCCUAAUUAAGCAUCUUUCUGAUAGCUUUUCUUAUACACACACACAAAAAAAGCACAUUUAAAAUGUAAGCAUUUACAAAUCCGUUGCCACUGCACAGUGUUAAAAUCUUUAUAUCAACUAUAAAUUAUGUUACAUUAUUGACAAUGUCUUUUUUUCUGUGGUUUCUACCCAUUGGGUAGGAUAUGUGCAUACAGACUAACGUUAUUUACAGCACCUUACAAAUAAAAGAGGAUAAAAAACAGAUUACACAGAAAAAAGCACCAUUGGAAGUGAGGCACAGCUAAGGUGGGAACUUUUAGAGUGCAAGUGGGUUCCUACAACACAAUCAAUAGGCACCAAUUCAGCUCACAAGUAACAUGCAAACUCCUUGGACAGAAGAAAACAGACAAAAGAAAGCUCUUCAUUUGAGACAAAUGAAAAACAGACAAAUCGAAGAGAACAUAGGGGAGUGUUUACCAGGAUGGGUGAUGGAAAGAAAGGCAAAAGAAAAAGUGCAGCAGAUGAAAAGCAGCAUUCCAGCAGCAACAUCAAAAGCAGGAGCAGAAAACCUACUAAUGCAACUUUGAGCUCUGCAAGAUGAAGACAGGCAGUAAAAGAGAACAGACCAACAGGUGAUAGAAAAAUGGUUCUUAAAUUGGAGGCAGUUCCAAAUGCAAUGACAUGCAUUGUGCUCUCGUUUUGCGCUUUGUGUCCUUGCUUAAUCUUUGCAAUUAGUCUAAAUGAACAAAUUAUCAUGAAACUCUUCAAAGUUGUGAGCUUUUAUAGCCUGUGCUUAAAAGACAAGGGCAUCUAAAUGAAUCUAGAAUUUCAUUUAUAGCUGAGCAGAUAGAAUUCUAGAAUCUAGCCUAGCCAAACUGCUUAGAUUAUAGAAUUGCCACUCUAACCAAGCAGCAGGGAUUCUAGAAUUGGAACUCUAGCCAAGCAGCUGGAAUUAUAGAAUUCCAAAUCUAGCCUAGCUGCAAGGAUUCUAGAACUCUAUUCUAGCGGUGUGGAUUGUAGAAUUAUAACUUUAGCCAAGCAGCUGGGAUUCUAGAAUUGUAACUAACUGAUUCUAGAAUUCUAAAUUAUCAAGCAGAUGGGAUUCUAGAAUUUUGUAAUCUAAUUUUGUAAUUAUAUAUAUAUAUAUAUAUAUAUAUAUAUAUAUAUAUAUAUAUAUAUAGAGAGAGAGAGAGAGAGAGAGAGAGAGAGAGAGAGAGAGAGAGAUAGAGAUAUAGAUAUAGAUAGAUAGAUAGAGGUCAGAAGUUCAUAUACAAAUAGGUUAUACACUAUUUUUUAACCACUCCACAGAUUUAAUAUUAGCAAACUAUAGUUUUGGCAAGUUGUUUAGGACAUCUACUUUGUGCAUGGUUAGGGUUAGACACAAGUAAUUUUUUCAACAAUUGUUUACAGACAGAUUGUUUCACUUUUAAUCGACUAUAUCAGAAUUCCAGUGGGUCAGAAGUUUAAAUACACUAAGUUAGCUGUACCUUCAAGCAGCUUGGAAAAUUCCAGAAAAUUAUGUUAAGUCUUUAGGCAAUUAGCUUCUGAUAGAAGGUGUACUGAAUUGGAGGCGUACCUGUGGAUGUACUUUAAGGCCUACAUUCAAACUCAGUGCCUCUUUGCUUGACAUCAUGGGAAAAUCAAAAGAAAUCAGCCAAGACCUCUGAAAAAAAUUGUGGACCUCCACAAGUCUGGUUCAUCCUUGGGAGCAAUUUCCAAACACUGAAGGUACCACGUUUAUCUGUACAAACAAUAGUACGCAAGUAUAAACACCAUGGGACCAUGCAGCCAUCAUACCACUCAGGAAGCAAAUGCAUUCUGUCCCUAGAGAUGACCGUAGCUUGGUGAGAAAAGUGCAAAUCAAUCCCAGAACAAUAGCAAAGGACCUUGUGAAGAUGCUGGAGGAAACAGACAAGUAUCUAUAUCCACAGUAAAACGAGUCCUAUAUCGACACAACCUUAAAGGCUGCUCAGCAAGGAAGAAGUCACUGCUCCAAAACAGCCAGAAAAAAGCCAAACUACAUUUUGCAAGUGCACAUCUUACUUUCUGGAGAAAUGUCCUCUGGUCUGAUGAAACAAAAAUUGAACUGUUUGGCCAUAAUGACCAUCGUUAUGUUAGGAGGAAAAAGGGUGAGGUUUGCAAGCCGAAGAACACCAUCCAAACAUGAAGCAUGGGGGUGGCUGCAUCAUGUUGUGGGGGUGCUUUGCUGUAAGGAGGGACUGAAACACUUCACAUAAUAGAUGGCAUCAUGAGGAAGGAAAAUUAUGUGGAUAUAUUGAAACAACAUCUUAAGACAUCAGCCAGGAAGUUAAAGCUUGGUCGCAAAUGGUUCUUCCAAAUGGACAAUGACCACAAGUAUACCUCCAAAGUUGUGGCAAAAUAGCUUAAGGACAACAAAGUCAAGUUAUUGGAGUGGCCAUCACAAAGCCCUGACCUCAAUAAAAAUGUGUGGGCUGAACUCAAAAAGUGUGUGCGAGCAAGGAGGCCUACAAACCUGACUCAGUUACACCAGUUCUGUCUGGAGGAAAAAAAAUUCCAGCAACUUAUUGUGAGAAGCUUGUGGAAGGCUACCCAAAAUGUUUGACCCAAGUUAAACAAUUUAAAGGCAAUGCUACCAAAUACUAACAAAGUGCAUGUAAACUUCUGACCCACUGGGAAUGUGAUGAAAGAAAUAAAAGCUGAAAUAAUUCAUUCUCUCACAUUUAUUUCACAUUCUUAAAAUACUAACUGACCUAAGACAGGGAAUGUUUUCUAUGAUUAAAUGUCAGGAAUUGUGAAAAACUGAAUUUAAAUGUAUUUUAAGGUGUAUGUAAACUUCUGACUUCAACUGUAUAUAUAUAUAUAUAUAUAUAUAUAUAUAUAUAUAUAUAUAUAUAUAUA